GUUUCACGACCAGCAACAAUAGGGUAGCAAGUGAAAUCGAGCGGCAGAGGGACAGCGAUACAAAAAAAAAGGAAAAGUUAGAGAGAUUUAUGCGCAGCAAGCAAAUCGUCCAAGAGCGGAGACUUGGAGCGGAUGAGUGCAGAACUGGAGAAUAACCGGCCGCCGUCCUCGGCCUCAUGACCGGCCUGCACGCAAGCUGUUCGUGCAGGUAGUGUAGUCGAGUUGCGACCCGGGGGUACUUCCUUCCGACUUCCCUUGUACAGUUUCCGGACACGGACACAGAACAGAGGAUUGGAUAGAUGGACAGAGGCGACGCCCGUCGCUCCUUGCAGAUUUGCUAACCUGAGCCCGGCCCAACCUCAAGCCGGAGCCUUGAUCUCAAUGGAAAACAAAAAAUCUUUGACCUGAGGUCCGCUGGGGCGGUCUUGCCGAGAUUGCCAUUGGUCCGAACCUUGUCGUGAGCUUUUGGCCAGGAAUCGCAUCCACGGCAGCACCCUCAGGUUGGAGUGAGGAGAGCGGCUGCUUGGUUACAUUCAUCCACCCGGGAAUCACAGUACAGCCGCAGCUCGAAGCAGCUGUACUGGACCCGGGGCAGGGGAGGGGAGGGGAGAGUGGGCGAGUUUGGGAGGGAGGCAGGCCGAAUCUGCCGAAUGUGGGACCGGCACACGUGGGUGAGGCUGAGAUUGGCGGAGGUUCUUACACAGACACAAGAUUGACUCUUGGUUGGGCCAAAGUUAUGAGCCGAGCUCCGGACGAAGCAGAUGAGAGCGCGACUGACUGAGAUGAGUCGCCUGUGGCGUUCCGUCGCACAGAAGUCGCCGCCUCAUGAACUUUAGCUCGAGCUUUGAGAGGGACAAGCUGCGAGAGCUCGGCUCGGCUCGGCUCCGCUCCGCGCAGCAGGAGAUGCACUGUUAUAAUAUAGCUGGUGCUUUUCAAUUCACAAUUGACUCUAUUCUUGGAAUUACAGGGAUAGAGCAAGAGAGGUCCUAGAGUUGGGCCGCAGGAUCGACGCUGCUGCUGCUGCUGUUGCUGUCGAGAGUCCAGCCGGAUCAGCUUUCUACGCUUGUUGCCUUCCUCUGCCAGCUAGCUAGCUUUUGCUUGCGAACUCAGGACCUCUACUGAUAUCGAGAGCGAGGAGAGUGCCCUUUUUCUCCCCUCCUUUGUUUGUGCCCGACCUACCUUGCAAGAACCUAGCACUAGAAGAAGAAGCAGAAGCGGAAGUCAGUCAGUCAGUGGGUCAGUCAGUCGGUCGGUCAGAGAGAUAAUCAGACUGGGCCUGUGACUCCCGACCCCCUCGAGUUGUUGUUGUUGUUGUUUCCUUUGUUGUUUAUUCAUACAUACCUACAUAUACCUUUGCCCAUCAGCGUGGGGAGUCCUCCUCUGGACGCAAACGUCCGGAUGGCUGUUGCAGUAGUCGCCAGGUGAAUCCACGAUUCAAAACAGUUCGGAGAUCGAGCGGAGUCGAGGCGCGGCUCCGUUUGCAUGUGUUCAAAUUCACGCCUAAUUCUUUAGCACCCGAUAGAUUGCCUUCCUCUCGUUCUCUCGUUCGUUCCUUCAUUCAUCCCGGGCAGGCUCGUGUGCCGCACGGUCUUGGGACAUAGAUGAUUUCUACUUGUCUUGUGAAGCUUUCCUUCUAUUUUUUCCAUCUUUCUGAUUGCGUAGAUUAGAAGCCCGAGUGGGCGCCCGAUUGGUGAGCUGCUCGCGUAGCAGCUUCAGAUGCAGGGAGGUUUGAUGUUUUUGGAGAUACAGAUUCGAUCGAAUUUUCAGAAGCACAGCGAAGAAGACGAGAGUGGAAGUAACUGAAGGAGAAUAAGCAGAAGCAGGAGCAGAAGAAGCAGAAGAAGAAGUAAGUCGGGAUUUGGUUGAGCAUAGUCUGUGAGCAGGAGCAGGCCAAUCUGUCGAUUGGAAUCAGUGGGAAACAGGUAGUAGAUUCACGACUGCUGGUCGCAAUCAUUCGAUAGAGAUAGAGAUUCAAAUGGGGCUGAGCGCCGGGAUGGCCGUAGACACAGAGAUGGGUUCGGCGACGGCAGGCGCCUUCGCAGAAAUGGUAUGGAAUCAGACGUUCAACGUGCUGGCCGGAGAGAACAACGCCACGGCAGUACCGCCGGACCCGACAGGAUACGAGAUAACUGCGAAAUUCAAUCCGAGCAUGGCCAUCAUCAUCAUCGUGCUAAUCAGCGCAUUUUUGUUCAUGGGAUUCUUCUCCAUAUACGUCCGCAGGUGCACGACCACGGAGCCCGAGAAUGUGAACAACGGCCCGCCCAAUUCCAGAGCGGCGGAAGCCCAGAACCGCUCGGGCCAGGGCUUGGACAGAGCCGUGGUCGAGACCCUGCCGCUGGUGGGCUACUCGCUCGUCAAGGGGCUCAAGGGCGGCAAAGACCUGUCGGAAUGCGCGGUGUGCCUCAGCGAGUUCGAGGAGGACGAGCGGCUCAGACUGCUGCCGAAAUGCGGCCAUCUCUUCCACCCGGAGUGCAUCGACAUGUGGUUCUUCUCGCACGCCACCUGCCCGCUGUGCCGAUGCAGCCUCGUGCCGGCCGAGGGCAAGGAGGGCGGCGCCAGCCCGGAGGCGUUCGCGAAUUGGGUCCGGGUCGACUCGCGGGGCAACGUGAGCGAGGGCGUGGCCAUCACCAUCCACGACGGGCCCCCGGCGCCGCCCAAUGGGUCCAUUCUGGAGCUGCUCUCGAGGGAGAAUGCCGAGCGCCUGCUCACCGACAGCCUGCGCCGCGACGAGGCCGAGCGCAUGGACGCGGGCCUGGCCAGCCGCGAGGAGAACGUGGGCGAGGAGCGCGCCGGCGAGCUCCGCGCUCUGAACCGAGCGCUCUCGCGCAAUUCCACCUCGUUCCGCAAGGCCGCCAGGGGCAUCGAGGUCACGGAGCGCAUCGGCGCAGCCAGCGAGUCAGCGCGCUUCCACCCUGCCACCAUCGCUGGCGCGGGCGCCGGCUUCGACAAGCGCGGCGCCAACCGGUCGGUCGGCUCGAGCCAGUCGUUCAACAUGGCGCUGCGCCGAUCGAGCUCCGUGGGCUCCUCGGGGCGCUACAUCCGCCAGCUCUUCGGGCAGAAUUACGCCGACUACUUCUCCCCGGAGACGGCCGGCGACGGGCUGAGGGUCGAUCGCGCCCGCCUGCUGGGCGAGCACCGCCUGCCCGCCAAGGAGCCGGCCGCGCCCGCGGGCGCCAAGGUGCGGCGCGAGAAGAGCGAGGACGAGCUGCACAACAUUUUUUUCAACGAGCUCCAGAACAUGACCUACACGGAGGACAGCCGGCGCGGAUCCUCGGCUUUCAGGAGCGGCGAGCUGUGGGACAGCAUCGAUUUGCAGAACGAGAGCGUCCGGGCUGCGCAGCAGGAGCAAUCGCUGCUGGGCCCUCGCACGCGGAGCGGCGAAUUGCCGCCCUGGCAGAGGAAUUUGGACUUCCCGUCCACGGGAAAGAGCGGCGAAUUGCCGCCCCUGAGCAGAAACGGUGACAAACGCGUGAGGCUGCAGGGCGAAGCGAGCGGCCCUUUGUACGUGCGGCGCAAAGGCAAUGGCAGCACGGGAGGCGAUGGCGGAACGCGCUCCGACCGGUGGAAUUUCAGUAUUCGUCGAACGUUCAGCCUGAGGAGAACCUUCUCCGAUUCCAGAGAUCAGCUCGACAGCUUGUCGUCGUCGCAGAACGAUAGCGCCCGCUGGUACUUGCCGGGCCCCGGGAUUCCCACUCCUCCGUCGCGGCCGAAGAAGUACUCUUCUCCGUGGGCCGCCGCCAUGAAGGAUCGGCGAUCGCAGUCGGUCGAUCACAUCGCGUCCGGUCCUUCGACCCCCACCCCAUCUCUGCCUUCGCCGUCUUCGGCCUUCUCUCCCUACGCCCUGUCUCUGCCGUCCCCCUCCGUGCAUCAUCAGGCUUCGCAGUACUCCUCCAGCUUGCCCUCUCCGGCGGCUGCUUCUCCCUCCUCCCCUCCGAGUCUUGGCCCUCCUACCGUCCCGCAAUCGACCUCGAGUCAACAGGAUCAAUCCCAACAUCAUCAGCAACAGGCAGCGCCCGAAUCGCAGCUUCAGAUCAUCACUCAAUGAGCCAUUCCACUCUCAUUCUGACCAGAAAGCCUGUCACAUUUUAAGCGUCAAAUGUUAUGUACAGCCCUUAACUCCUUGCGUUAUGUUUAUCCUGUCCUGCAUUUUUCUUCUGGUGUUGUCUGGCCACAAACAACAGUUCCUAGCGAAUUGGCUACAAUUUGGAGCAAUGGGUUGUAUUUAUUCAUUUUGUCAUGGAUUUUUGGAAUCGUUAUCGAGGUUUCGGUAGCCCUGGCCAAUACAGUGAAUCAUGAGUAGGAAACAUAGAACGAGAGGAGAGAGAGAGAACUACGGGUAGGUUUUUGGAUCCGGCCUGUUCCAGCUGAUCUCGAAGUUGAAAACUGCGGGGUUUUUCCUGCCUAAAAAUCUAGAGAAAUUCUGGGCAACAAUGCCACCUUGCCUCUUGAAGAUGAUGAAGCAGUGAUGCAGCAACUGCAACUGAUGAAAAGGCCUGUUGCUGCAACCUCAUUUUCUUCCCCGAUCAGAAGUCAUCAUAGAGGUCGACUUUGUAUCGCAAGUAUUAUGUGAAUAUGGGGAAGUGUAGAUACGUCAAUGAAAGUAGGAAUUAAAUUGAAACAUUUUAGGAACUGAGCUACUGUACAUGUUCGUCGUGAUUACCCACGCUGCAAAUUGUGGUCAAUAAACACUCUCAUCGAAUGGGUCACAUCUAUGUCUUCGCAUCUCCCUUUGGCUGGAUUUGUUUUCACAAUGAUUUCUUCUCAUUGUAUGCCCCCUGGUGUCUGUGCUCGAUGCCCCACUUUUUUCUCAGUCCUAGUGUGUCCCAGUCCUCAGUCUUUGUGUGUCUGCCUCCUCCCAGUUUCGACUUUGGUUGCAAGCCACGGAUUCUGGUCGAGAGACGGAACAAUUAGAAUGCCAUGUGUUCAGAGAUUUCAAAAUUGCACCGGCUUGAGCAUUGCACACCAGGACCACUGGCGCAUAGGUGUUACAUGAGGUCGUUGUUUCAGCGGAGUUGUAUGUGUCCGUCGACGUGGACCCCACAGCAUUCGAUGAAGUUUGGUUUAAAGUCUGUGUCGUACCUUGUCAGUGAAGUCUCGAAUAUGAUUGAUUGAAAUGCUCGCACGAGGAUAAAAGGCAUGAGCGGUUAAGAACUACACCUGGUGAAGUGCACGUCUGCAUGCUGCGAAAGCUGAAAAUCUUGUGUAGCCACAAGAGAUAGAUUCAGC